CAUCAUUCUUACAGCUUGAUGAGACAUAGGCCACCACAAAAACCACGACUAUCUCAACCGAACGAAGGUCGAUUUCAAAUACACCCCAUCCAUAUUAUUCUUAUAGUUGAUGAGACAUACUCUACUAUAAAAACCACGACUCACUCAUCCGAACAAAAGUCGAUACCAACAAAUUACCCCCACCAGCAUCAUUCUUACGGUUGAUGAGACACAGGCUACCACAAAAACCAAAGGUUUGUCGCAAGAUCCGUUUGUCUUGACUGACUCGCCGAUUCACCUGGCGUUCUGAAAAUUGCAAGUUCGAAUAACUUGUCGCUACACUAUGCCUGGACGAGUAUUUUUUGUCACUGGUACUUCCAGCGGGUUCGGUAAGAACCUGGUAGAGGAGAUUCUAACCCAAGGCGACAAGGUGGUCGCGACCACACGAGAUCCCACAAAGUUAAACUUUGAGACAGCAACAAAAGACAACUUUGCCGCAGUCGCUCUUGACGUUACCGACAUAAAGUCAGUGGACCAGGCGUUCGAGACUGCAAUCAAAGCUUUUGGCAGAGUAGAUGUGGUGAUCAACAAUGCUGGGUUCGGUCUAUCCGGCCCAUUUGAAGAACUGGACCCAGCUCAAAUUACACAGCAGAUGAACAUUAAUUUCAUCGGAUGCAUCAACGUCACCCGAACAGCAAUGAGAGUCAUGCGUGAGCAAAUGCCUCAAGGUGGAUUGAUCCAGCAAAUUUCAAGCAUGGCUGGACAAAAAGGCAUGCCGACCUUCAGCAUCUACUGUGCAAGCAAAUGGGCUCUUGAAGGAUUCACUGAAGGAGUCGCACAAGAGGUGAAACCAGAAUGGGGAAUUAAGUUCACUUGCAUCGAGCCUGGAGGGUUUAGGACCAACUGGGCUGGGGCAUCGAUGGAGUUCCCUAAGCAGAGGCUGGAAGCUUACGACCAUCUCGAUGCUAGGGAAAGGAUGGGCAAGAGGAAUGGGAAUCAACCUGGUGACCCGCUCAAGGCAAGCAAGGCGAUCUAUCAACUUGCUGUCAUGGAGGAACCACCCGCAAGGAUUGCUUUGGGUUCGGAUGCGUAUCAAUUAGUGAUGACCAAGUUGGACGACUAUCGGAAAAUCUAUACAAAGUAUGAGGAUUUGUCUCGCAGUACUGAUAUCCAGGAGUGAUCAAAGUGAAGGUGUCGCAUUACAUGGUCGCAGAAUGUUUGAGCUAGCGCGCGAUUUAGAUCCAAAACAUUGGGGAUGAUUCCUCCAGUGUUAUACCAGGGAGAGUAGUCUUAACAUCUUGUACCUCUAG